ACAAGUACAACCUAAGCGAAAGAAGUGAAAGAAACAAAGAAUGAGUCCUCCAAGUUUUAAAAAUUAAACUAAUUUUUUUUUAUUCUUUAUAAAAAAACUCUGCAGUUUCCAUCCAUUAAAACAAAAGAGGUCAAAUCCAACAAAACAAACUCAAAAACACUCAAACCCAUCAUUUUCUCUCUCCUAACAAUUUCACCCAACCUCUAAUCAUCCAUAACCGCCGGUGAUUUUUCCGGAAACCUACCAUAUGUUACUUUUUUCCGGGUGACAGCAACCGGUAAUCGAUGAAAAGGGUUUCCUUUUCUAAUUAGAGUAGUUCUAAAUUUAGUUACUUUUUAAGGAAAUUAUAAUUAAUAGUAUUAAAUAAAUGAAAAAUCCGCAAACAAAGGGUAUUAAUAAAACGAAUGGAUUUACCCGUAAUUCUUUCAAGUUUAUCUCUUCAUGUAUCAAAACUGUCUCUUCCGGUGUCCGGUCAGCCAGUGCCUCUGUUGCCGCUUCUAUUUCUACUGAUUCCCAUGAUAUUAAAGACCAGGUUCUAUGGGCUUGCUUUGACAAGAUAGAACUCAGUUCAUCUGACUUCAAACGUGUCUUGUUGAUUGGUUACACCAAUGGUUUUCAAGUACUUGAUGUGGAUAAUGCCUAUAUUGUCACUGAGUUGGUUUCAAAGCGUGAUGGCCCUUGUACAUUUUUGCAAAUUCAACCGUUUCCUGCAAAGUCUGAAGGUUGUGAAGGAUUUAGGGCAUCCCACCCUUUACUUCUGGUUGCUGCAGGAGAUGAAACUAUGGGUCCAGAUCCCACUCAGAGGAGAGAUGGGCUAGUUAGAGAUGGCUAUGUUGAAUCACAAACAGGGAAUUUGGUCUAUUCUCCGACCGCUGUUCGUUUUUAUUCGAUUAGAUCUCACAACUAUGUUCAUGUUCUCAGGUUCCGUUCUGCUGUCUAUACAAUUAGAUGCAGUCCUCGCAUUGUCGCUGUUGGACUUGCUUCACAGAUAUAUUGCUUUGAUGCGCUCACGCUUGAGAAUAAAUUCAGUGUCUUAACCUACCCAGUCCCUCAAUUGGCUAUCCCGGGAACGGUCGGUAUCAAUGUUGGUUAUGGUCCCAUGGCUGUUGGUCCUAGGUGGUUAGCGUAUCCGUCUAAUAACCCCUUAUUGACUAACACAGGGCGCUUAAGUCCUCAAAAUCUUACUCCUUCUCCUGGUGUAAGCCCUUCUACUUCUCCUAGCAAUGGGACUUUGGUGGCUAGGUACGCUAUGGAAUCAAGCAAGCAGUUGGCUGCAGGGCUGAUUAAUAUCGGUGACAAGGGAUACAAAACAUUCUCCAAGUACUGUCAUGAACUUCUUCCUGAUGGUUCCAGUUCUCCUGUAACUAAUUCUGGCUGGAGAGUCAACAAGGCUUCAUCUUAUUCACCUGAGGCAGAUACUGCUGGGAUGGUGAUUGUUGAAGAUUUUGUUUCUAGAGCUGUUAUAGCACAGUUUCGGGCUCAUACAAGUCCAGUUUCUGCUCUUUGUUUUGACCCAAGUGGUACUCUUCUGGUGACUGCAUCAAUACAUGGUAAUAACAUUAACAUCUUCCGAAUUAUGCCGUCCCACUCAAAGAAUGGAGCAGGUUGUCAGAGCUACAACUGGACUUCAUCUCAUGUGCAUCUAUACAAGCUUCAUCGUGGAUUUACUUCGGCAGUUAUUCAAGAUAUUUGUAUCAGUCAAUAUAGCCAAUGGGUAGCUAUAGUUUCUUCUAAAGGAACGUGCCACAUAUAUGUUCUCUCUCCUUUUGGUGGGGAGUGUGGACUUCAAAUUCAAAAUUCUCACAUUGAUGGGCCAACGCUUGUGCCUGGAUUAUCUUUACCAUGGUGGUCUAAUUCGUCUCAUACUACUUAUCAGCAGUCUCUUUCAGCACUUCCUCCUCCUACGGUUACUCUCUCUGUGGUUAGUAGAAUAAGAACAGGCAACUCUGGGUGGCUGAACACUGUCAGCAGUGCUGCAUCUUCCGCAGCCGGAAUGGGGUCUGUGCAAACUUCUGCGGUCUCAGCUGUUUUCCACUACUCAAUGCCUAAUGGCUCAGCGCCUGCACGCUCAAACUUCUUGGAGCACCUUUUGGUUUACUCUCCUUGCGGCCGUCUUAUCCAAUAUGGACUUGUCCCGUGUAUGGUUGAGGUAACAGGUGAUACUGCUUCAAGAACCGGAACAGGCUCGCUGGUACAGUUACAAGAUGAGGAUUUAAAGGUGAAAUCUGAAAUUAUACAUUGGUGGGAUGCUUGCCGAAGAGCAGAUUGGCCAGAAAGAGAGGAAUGCAUCAAGGGGAUAGUUUUUGGCGGAAAGGAUAUGUCUCCAAUGGUCUUGGAAGCUUCUGAAACUGAAGAUAAUGAUAAUGUUGCAAAGGAAGAGAAGCUGCAUGAACAAUCCACCUUGUAUCUAUCAAAUGCGGAAGUGCAGAUGAAUUGCGGAAGAAUUCCGACAUGGCAAAAUUCCAAGAUACAUUUUUUUGCUAUGAAUUCUGUGGUGCGGGAUAGUCAGAAUGGUUUUGUUGAUGUUCUUGGUGGAGAAGUUGAAAUUGAGAGGAUCUCGCAUCUCGAGAUUGAAAUGAACAGGAAGGAUUUGUUACCUGUAUUUGAGUACUUUCACCAAGUGAAGCCUGAUUGGAACAACAGGGAAACAUAUCCAAUUUCCGGGUCUGAAGCACGUUUGGCUGAAGACAUGUACCUAUCUCAACCCGUGGUCCAUCCUCAACCUGUACGGAACACACAUACUGGAUCCUUUGCACCAGCUUCAGAAAUGGAUUCGGCCAAGUCUUAUCUGGAACUUACCCAAGAUCAGAUGGCUAAAAACAGGAUAAAAGUUCCUUCUACUUUUUCUCCGUCUUUACUGACCCAAAACUCAAUAAGAACCGACACUUCCUCCAUGGAAAUUUCUCCACCAGAAAACAGUUGCCUUGUAAAUAGUCCUUCCCCUGUACAAAAUGGAUUAAUUUCAGCUAAAACAGCUAAUUUAACGGAGGUCCAAUCGUCCAGCAGUGUUGGAGGCAGUGAAGCUUCAAAUAUUAGCUCUAACCGUUCUGAUUUUAGUAUGAACGUGGCCGAUGAGAGCUCUGUCCAAGAUUCGCUAGAUUUUGGGGGUUACUACCAAGAGGAAUAUUGUAAAGCUGCAACCCUUGAUGAAGGUCAUGAAGUUAUAACUGACGUAGAUAGCAGCAGCAGCCCCCGCGAGAAAGCAAAGUCCGAAGAGGAUGGCGAGAAUGAUGAAUUGCUUGGAGGUAUUUUUGCUUUUUCUGAAGAAGGAUGAAAAGCAAUCAACGGUCGAUUUUCCUAAUUGAUGAUCAGACGGGUACGCAAUUGGAGGUUGUUGAUUCGAGUAAAAUUUGAAGAUUUUCUGUCGAUUUUAGUCAUUGAACAUUGCUUUUGUUGAACGAGUUGUUCACUCUUGGGGCUGAUGUAUAUUGAUUUCUUCUUUCAUUUUUCCUAUUUUAUGCCAUUACUGCCAAAGCAAAUGCUUCAUAUUUAUCUAGUUUACUUGUACAUAAUGUAGGCUCAAUAGUUCCAGUGAUUCCUGUGUUCAUUUCUUCUUUUAAUGCUUUGUAACCCUAAAUUCUUCUACAAUUUAGAUAUUUAGAAAUACGAAUAAAUAAAGCAAAGAAAAAAAAUUGAUUUAUUUCA